UUAAGCCAUUAAUGAGAAUCUGAACAUGCGUCUGCUUCACUUGUUUACCUUUCUUGCACUUCUGCAAGAUAACCGCCACUCUUCGCUCCAUAGAAUUAUUUCUUUUUUAUCAAAUGUCGAACCCUCGAACCGAAAAUCCAUCAUCCAACUGGGUUUAUUCCAUUAGAAGCUGUAUUUCUAAGAAAAAGCCGAAAACAGCAAUUUCGAUAUACACCCAAAGUCGCGGCAAAGGAGGGAAUUUAACCAGCGCCAUCCCGUUAAUCCUUAAAGCCUGUGCUUCUCUAUCCUUGCUAAUUUACGGGCAGAUGCUGCAUUCGGAAAUUUUGAAAACCGGGGUGGAACGCGAUGUAAUGGUGGGGACAUCCUUGGUGGAUAUGUACGGUAAGUGUCGGGACAUAGCGAGCGCCCACAAGGUGUUCGAUCAAAUCUCUGAAAAGAAUGCGGUCACCUGGAAUGCAAUGAUUGGAGGCUACAUGAGGAAUGGCCAUACGCACAAGGCGUUAGUUUUAUUCGAGAAAAUGACACGAAGGACGUCUGUCACUUGGAUUGAGCUUAUUGAUGGGUAUGCAAGAAACAGGAACACGGCAAUGGCAAGGCAGGUGUUUGAUGAAGUUCCUGGAGAAUUGAAGACUGUGGUGACCUGGACAGUGAUGGUUGACGGGUAUGUAAGAAAUGGGGAUAUGGAGGCUGCCAGGGAAGUGUUUGAGAGGAUGACGGAGACGAAUUUCUACGUGUGGUCCGUGAUGAUCACAGGGUAUUUCAAGAAAGGCGACGCAGGGAAUGCGAGGGAGAUUUUCGACAGAAUGGGUGUGAGGAAUUUGGUGAAUUGGAAUUCCUUGAUUUCUGGCUAUGCUCAGAAUGGGAUGCCUGAAGAAGCAUUGGAAUCUUUUACAAGAAUGCAGGACGCAGGGUUCAAGCCUGAUGAAGUUACUGUGGCUAGUUGUUUGUCAGCCUGUGCUCAAUCAGGGAUGUUGGAAUUUGGUAAGAAAAUCCAUGACAUGAUUCUCAAGAACUCCAUUGGAAUGAAUGUAUUCGUCUCAAAUGGAUUGGUCGACAUGUAUGCAAAGUGUGGGGAUCUAGCGAAUGCCAGACUUAUAUUCGAGGGGAUAUCGACGAAAAACAGUGCUACGUGGAACAGUUUGAUUGCUGGAUUAGCCAUCCAUGGCCAAACUAGAGAGGCCAUUGAGAUCUUUAGACGGAUGGAGGAGUCUGGCGAAAAACCAGAUGACAUAACAUUCCUUUCUGUUCUGUCAGCGUGUGCUCAUGGAGGCUUCGUGGAAGAUGGUUUAGAAGUGUUCUCGAAGAUGAAGAAGUACGGAUUGACAGCCAAUGUAAAGCAUUAUGGAUGUCUUGUUGAUCUGUUGGGGCGUGCGGGUAAGCUACAAGACGCAUACAGCUUAGUAAGAGGGAUGCCGAUGGUGCCAAAUGACACUAUCCUUGGAGCUCUGCUCGUGGCGUGUAGAAUUCACUCGGACACAGUUAUGGCAGACAAUGUGCUCGAAUUGGUGAGGAAGGUGAGCUUCAAUUGCGGGAUCCAUGACGAUGCACAUUACGUGCAGCUGUCGAACAUCUAUGCUGCUUCCGAAAAAUGGGAGAUGGCUGAGGGAAUGCGCCACAUAUUUUCGACUAGAGGAUCUAAAAAGACACCUGGAUGCAGUGCACUGAUGGUUCGAGGAAACUGAAACUGGUGUCGAAGCAGGUAAUUUUAUUGAAUUAUCAACAGACUGAACACUCUGAAUUACAAGAAACAAAUUUGCACACAUAUGGAUUGAUCUUAGGACAGUUUCUUGA